AUUAGUUCAUCACCUCUCUGUAUUGUCACACUCCUCCUCGAAUUCUGAGGCUAUCCUUUCACUCAAAAGUCCACUUUUUAUUUCCUUUUCCUUUUUAUUUAUUUAUUUAUAUUUAUUUUAUUUUUAAGUUCAAACCAACCCAUUCUCCUUCUCCUACCAAAACUCCACAACAAAACACAGUCGUAUAUUCUCCUUCGAAAUCCUCUCCAGUUUCACUCCACUUUUUUUCCAUAACUUCCACCAAAAAAAAAAAAAUUGGCUUCUUUGUUUUCUCCGCUUCAUAUAAUACAUACAUACAUACAUAUACACAUAUAUAUAAAUAUAUAUAUAUAUAUAUAUAAACAAACUCACCUCUUUGAUUCCAACGUUAAGUUCCCAUAAUUCUUCUUUUAAGCAAAACCGAUUUUCUGUGAUCAACCAAACCAUGGCUUCGAAUUCGGUGACCAGUCCAGUUCAGUGUCAGAUCAGUGAGUCUCGAUUCUCUUCUCUUUACCUGUCGCCGGCGACGAGGAUUUCGCCGGCUCUGGUGGCGAUCAAGUCUCGAUCGCUUGCUUUUAGAGACUCAGGCUUGGCGUUUUCGCCGUUGACGAGGAAUGUCGUUAGAGCUUCUUCUUCUGAGAACGUCGAGGUUCCGAACAAGGCCUUGGGUUUCUCGCUUUGGAAUCAGCGCCUGAGGAGACGAGGUUCCGAUGCUGAAUUUCCGGUCGCCAAGGCCGCAGCGGCGGACGCCGACGGUCGUGAGAUUGAGAUUUCCGACGGGUAUGCGAAGACUGAAAAGAGCUUUGCAGAGAGAUUUCCUUGGUUGAUCACUGGUUUCUUUUUCUUUAUGUGGUACUUUUUAAAUGUCAUCUUCAACAUCCUCAACAAGAAGGUCUAUAAUUACUUCCCAUAUCCAUAUUUUGUUUCGCUUAUUCAUCUCCUUGUUGGAGUAGCCUACUGUCUUGUUUCUUGGGCCGUCGGUUUACCUAAGCGCGCGCCAAUUAACAAGGAGCUCUUGUUGCUGUUGACUCCGGUCGCAUUUUGUCAUGCCCUUGGACAUGUCAUGUCCAAUGUGUCAUUUGCAGCCGUUGCUGUAUCUUUCACACACACUAUUAAAGCGCUGGAGCCAUUCUUCAAUGCUGCUGCUUCUCAAUUUGUUUUGGGCCAUCAAAUCCCGCUGUCUCUUUGGCUUUCAUUGGCUCCUGUAGUAAUUGGUGUAUCAAUGGCAUCACUGACCGAACUUUCUUUUAACUGGACCGGUUUCAUCAGCGCGAUGAUUUCGAACAUUGCAUUUACCUACAGAAGUAUCUAUUCCAAGAAAGCAAUGACUGGAAUGGACAGUACCAACGUGUAUGCUUAUACUUCAAUUAUUGCACUCUUUGUUUGCAUCCCGCCAGCUGUAAUUAUUGAGGGACCCCAACUGAUGCAACAUGGUUUCAGAGAUGCUAUUGCCAAAGUUGGCCUUACCAAAUUCUUGUCUGACUUAUUCUGGAUUGGAAUGUUCUAUCACUUGUACAAUCAGCUUGCUACCAACACUCUGGAACGGGUUGCGCCGCUUACACAUGCAGUUGGAAACGUGUUGAAGCGAGUUUUUGUAAUUGGUUUCUCCAUUGUUAUCUUCGGCAACAAAAUUUCUUCACAAACCGGUAUUGGUACUGCGAUAGCAAUUGCCGGUGUUGCCAUCUAUUCCCUUAUUAAGGCAAACAUGGAAGAGCAGAAAAGGAAGGCCGCCGCUGCCGCUGCAUCAUCAUAGGAAUCGCUUUUUGGGUUUGAAGAGUGCAGGAGUAUUUAUGCAAACGGAUUUCAUAUAGUAUAUUAAGAGUCUUUGCAGCUUAGGAUUUGGUGGUGGCAUGAGAUAUAAAGCUUUGUGAUGCAUUAGUCCAUAGAAAUAAAAGUUGAGUAAUAAAUUGUUUCAUUCCAUAAAGGCUUGGUGGAAGCGAAUUCAAUACACUUUUUGGCGUUUUGAUUCUUGGUUAUGCCUCCAAUGCUGUACCAUUUAUUUCUUUUUGUAGUAAAAAAUUAAGAGGAAAACUA